UAAAUUAAAAAAUCGUUCUGGAAAUGAGUUUGCUCCCUGGGUACUUUCUUUGUAUACUUUUGACUAUACGGGCCGAGUCCAAGGUUUACGGGAAAUGGCGGGUUUUCGUUUGCCGGCGAUUAAACUUCUUUUAUUCAGCGUCCCAUCAAAAAUUAAAACAUUUUUGAAAACUACAAGUCUCAUGCGUUUUAGUGGUGAAAAAAUAAUUUAAAAAAUCGUUCGGGAAAUGAGUUUACUCCCUGGGUACUUUCUUUGUAUACUUUUGACUAUACGGGAUAUAGUAUUGAAUAAUGGCGGCGACGGACGUUAAAACGGACGAGGAAAAUAUUUUUAACAAAAUGCUUGAGGAUAUUAAUGAAGAGAUGAAUAUUGAACAUAAUAAUGUAACUGUUAAAAAAGGUGUAUAUAAAGAGCUCAAUACAACUUUGAAUGCAGAAGAUUUUAUCGAUAAGCACUAUGAAAAAACUAGAUAUAGCGCACUGAGAGAUUCUAUCCUUGAAGACGUAAAAGGUGAGAUAAACACUCUUAUCUCAAAUCAAAUUUCAAAACUUGUCAAUAAUUGUUCAGUUGCUCAUAAGGAUGACCGAACGGAUAAACUGGAAUCAAAUUUAUUGGAAGAAAUUCAGUUUUUGCGACAAGAAAUACAAAGUAAAAACGAAAUCAUAAAAAUUUUAGUUGAAAACUCAGUCGAGCAUAACUAUUCUACAAAAUCGCUACAGCAAGAAAAUUUUAAUUCAUUUCAAACAGUUAAUAAAAAAAAUAAAAAUAGAAGCACAAUCAUUAGCAACAACAAUGAAGCUGUUAGUCGCCAUAACAACCAAAGCUUUGUUCAUCGAAAUCGAUUUGAACAUCUGUAUAAUGAGAAUAAUGAUCACUCUGAAAUAACAGAAAGUUUUAGAGGUGAUACUUAUAAUAAUAAUAACUUUAUACAUAAUAAUGAGGAACUAAUUGUACAUAAUAAUGAAGACAUAAUUGUACAUAAUAAUAAAGAAAACAUUCCAACAAAAAGGCAAUCACUUAAUAACGCUAAUAACAUUAUUAACACUAAAAAAAUUACAUUUAUACUAAAAUCCUUUCCUGGAGCUACGACAGAAGACAUGUAUGAAUACGUCAAACCAACCAUGAAGAAAAAGCCAGAUAACAUCAUCCUUCAUGUUGGCACAAAUGAUCUUUCUAGAAACGUAGCACCAGAGGUUAUAGCUAACGAUAUAAUUAAUUUAGCAACAUCAUUGAUUAACUCGAAUAUGAACGUAUCCGUAUCUGGUCUGACUCCAAGAAAUGACGAUCAAGGUAUUAGAUGUGACGAACUCAAUGACCACCUAUAUAAAGGAUGUGCUGAACGAAAUAUCGCAUUCAUAAAUCACUAUCAGCAGAUGGAUCGGAAUCGUCACCUUAACAGAAGUAAACUACAUUUGAACCAAUAUGGAUCGGUAACACUGGCUAAUUCUUUUUUAAAUUUUAUUUCUAAGGAUUGA